CUUCUAGCCGCUCACUCAACGUCUUCACUUGAACAAGAAGCAGAAGAUGGACAGCCGACUGAAGCAGGGAGAUUAAAACAGAGUGAAACAGAACAUUUGUUCCCAACCCUUGGACAAGCAGGACCCCAAGAUGCCUAAAAGUGAUACCUGGCCAGGUGGCUUUGAAUUGGAGACGAUGAAUGGCAUGGACAGUGCUGGAAGCUGUGACAGCGUCGUCAGCGCCAACUCUGGCUUUAGUGAUGAUAGUAUGGAGCACCUGUCUGCUGAAGAGAAGGCCUGUCUCAUGUUUUUGGAGGAGACGAUUGAGUCUUUGGACACCGAGGAGGACAGUGGACUCUCCAAUGAUGAACCUGACCAACUGCCCAUUGCUGGCAACCUUGCAACCGAAGUGGCCGACCUCUCAGCCUCCAUGAACAAAAACAAGCUCAAGAAUUCUCCUAAACAUGCCUAUGAAGAACCCGUAAAGGAAAACGGUGACGUCAAACCCAUGCAGCGCUAUCUGGUUCCUAUACCUCUUGUUGUGGCAAGCAGCUCUCCAUGUACUGUACCCACAGACAGAAAAUUUACCUCUAAGGCUCAGGUCACUCCUACAAGUAAAGAACUUGGUCACCAGCACAUUCAGAAACCUGUUGCUCAGCAAGUACCUUUGGAGGUUAAUGUUGCGAUAUCUCCUCCCACCAAACCCAGGGACUACCCAGUUAAGACCGCUGAAGCUCCUUUACCUAGAGGUCCUCUGUCCUAUGAGGCACUAUUUUACCUUCGAAGGAGUGCCUCAACAAAGAAGACACCAUUAUGUCCCACAAUUGAUCAUACUAUCGAAUCAGACAAGCGACUUCCUGUCACAGUGGAAAGCCAAAACCUCUGUAACCCUCCAAAGUCCGUCAGAUUCCACCCGGAGGUUUCUCUAUCUAAGACGAGUCCUCCAGUUGUGGCCCCGAAACCCAAAAAGAUUCCUGCCAACAUAUGUGUGAAAACACAAAAGGAAGCAUCCAUUAAAGUCUCAUCAUACAAUAGCAAACAUGUAACAGAUCCCAAGGUUGUGAGACAGGAAGCUUUGCAGAAACUGGGCUUACUAAAAGACCAAGAGCCAGAAAAGCCAGCAGCAACUCUGUCUCCCCCUGAAUCUCUCUCUUCUUUAGAUAGAACAUCUGGUGGAAUGACGAAAGGUCCGUCCUAUGGUAACCCAUCAAGAAGCCCAUCGUUUAGUCAUUCUCAAGUGCGAGCAGAGCCGAAGGCCAAGCCUUUACAGAGCAGUGCCAGUUUCCAUCACUACUCCAGACAAGAACAACAGCCUGUGUUUGUCUCAAAUCCAAACCAAUCCAAUGGAGUGAAGCCAGAUAGGCUGGGGCGCUCAAAUACAUUGGACAACCACAGAAGUAGUGGAAACUGUACUGAACUGCAACACAACACAGCCACCAAGCCUGUUAACUCCACCGCAGCUCAGCCUGCACCCAACAAGCCAUCAAACACAGUCCCAUAUACCGUGAUGGUGGUGCCUGGAAUGGGAGCUGAUCGAAGGGAAGCACUCAGAAAGCUUGGACUGCUCAAAAUCUAAACUGAGAAACAGCAGAAGUAGGCCUGUUGAGGAAGAGCUUAAGAGUACCAUCAGCUUAAGAGUUGGAGCAUUAAGUGGGGACUUGGCACGCUGCACGUUAGUUAACUAAAGCAGAAGAUGAUGACAACAAAGUGAAUUACAAGUGCUGGCAAUACCAGCACCUGUAAUGCAGGUCAUGGUUAAUUGCAUGUAUGAGGGCAGGUUUUUCAAACCGCUGUUCCUCUGAAGGAGGAGUUAUCAGAUGGGAACACACAAUACCAUACUAUAACAUCACAAUUCAGCAAUGUAAGUGAUAAUUCAUACAUUGGAAUCAUCAUAUCUGAUUAACUGAAGAAUAUGAAAUGCCCCUGAACAGGUUAAGUACGGCAUAGAUGUAUUUGUUCACUCGAGUUUGGUGUCAGUUUUACCUCUUAUCAAGCUCCAUCUCUUAACUUGACAUUCUCUGAAGUCAUCUGCUAUCGUCUAACAAAGUCAAAAUGAUAAAGCUUCUUGGAAAAACAGCACAUUUUUU